AUCGGAAGUGAGACUGUGUUUACAAACAGACUGUACUUCCGGUCGCCGAGAAUCGAUCGAUAGACGUCCCGUUUUCCUCAUUUUUGGCUGUUUGUCAGAAGAUUAUGUUUACCGCCAAGGGGAUUUAUCGCACAAGAACAAGAAAAAAUGAUACUUGUGUCAGUUUUGUUUCUAGUUUCGUCAAAGUCAGAUGCUAGCCUGCUAGCUUCACACCCGCUCCGCCAGCAUGGCGGCUUGAUUCAUUUGGACAGGUGUGGAAUUCAUUUUUAAACGUUCAAAAUGUCACGUUGAAGUGUUAUUUUUUUCUGGCGAGGCCUGCUACAUUUUACUACUGAAUCACCGUGGCAUCUAAAGCACCAGGCCAGUAGUCGGUUAUUAAACAUUAGCCUAUCGAACAAACUUUCUUGAGUGUGUGUCAUGCACCUGGGUCGCCUCCUUUUCGGACUCCUGUCGACUCAUCCCAGAACUGCACGCCAGAAUUUAGCAAUCAAUGUGCGAUCAAUUUGGAUUUCUUAUCGUCACGCAAGACCACAGCUCAACAUAAACAAGAUGGCGUCUGUCAGCAUCUCCCGUGAUGAUGAGCACUCAGCUGAUGACAUUAUUAAUAACAACAAUGAGAAAGAAGUGGAAGGAGACGGUGGUUCUGAAGACAUCCGAGGCCAGGUGAAUACAGUUGUGACUGACACUGGAGCUCAUUCCAAGAAGAUCCUCAAGCGGGAGUCACGCAAGAAGAAGAGGAAGCGUGUCGGCAGUGGCGGACGAGUGGACAGUGAGGAAGACGCAGAGACGAGGAAGAAGAAGAAACCCAGUCAACGACCUAACUACUUUAUCUCCAUCCCUAUCACCAGUUCACAGAUAAGCUCAGCAGUGUCCAUGGUCCAAGAGGCUAUGCUGGAGCAGGAACCCCGCUUGGCCAAAGCCAUGAUCCCCGUCCCCACCCUCCACAUCACACUCCUCGUCAUGCAUCUGGCCAACCAAGAGCAAGUGGACAUGGCGGCGGCGGUGCUGGCCCAGGUCGAGGCGUCAUUGGCAGAGCUGCUGGCGGGGGCGGAUCUGGUGCUGCCCUUCUCGGGCGUCACUCACUUCAGGAACGAGGUGGUGUUUGUCGGCCUGACCCCCGGAUUGCACAGACACACGCUGCACAGCCUGGCAGACUUGUUGCGCGGCCGUUUUGAAGAGUUGGGCCUCCUGCAAGGCGACGGCCGCGGGUUCGAACCCCACCUCACCAUUAUGAAGCUGUCCAAAGCGCCGAAACUGAGGUCCCAGGGAAUAAAACGAGUGGACCCGGCACUUUACUCCAACUACACCAGCAGGUUUUUCGGCAACCAGACGGUGGAGCGUCUGGAUCUUUGUUCCAUGCUGAAAAAGAAGCAGGAGGACGGAUACUACCACACGGAGACAUCGCUGCAGCUCGGUAAAAGUCAAUAUACCUCACCCCGAGCCUGGUACAAAUGAGCGUCUCCAUGGCGUGACCUUAUGCCGUUCAUCGAUUUCCUCUCUCCGCCCGACUUGCUCUUCCAUCAGGCUCAGUCGAUGAAGGUGACAUUGUUGGGCACUCUGAGGUGCCGGGGGGCCAGGUUAGGAAGGUCCAGCUGCUACCUGAGUGAUGAGAGGACAGAGCCAGGAAAAUUGGAACAAGUCUGAUUGUCACGAUGAAAUGGAUGAUGGAGAAUGGACUUGAAGAUUGGAUGGCCAGACAAAAGCGUCAAAAUGAGGGCGGCAUGUAACAGACAAAAGCGGGUGACGGAUGCUAAAGAAAAGGCCAGUCUCGCCGCUCCAUCACAGAUGAAAAGAUAUUGAAAGCAAUAAUAGGAUAUGAUUCAUUCUUUUCAUGAUUCCGCUAUUUGAAUCCACCAUGGUGCAACCUCCAUUUCAAAAUAUUUUUUCCUUCAUGAAAAUCACUUAGAAGUGGUCGGAUAUCGCCUCUGGGCCGCACGGUGAGAGUGCUUAGCAUGUAAGCCACACAAUCAGGAGAUCAGGAAGACCUGGGUUCGAUUCGUCCUGUGCUUGCGUGGGUUUUCUCCAGGUACUCCGCGUUCCCCUCCCAUUCCAAAAACAUGCUAGGUUAAUUGGCCACUCCAAAUUGUCCAUAGGUAUGAAUGUGAGUGUGAAUGGUUGUUUGUCUAAGGAGACCUAUUAUAUUCAUUGGUAUUGAGUUGUGGACUCCUAUAGAGUAGCUACACACAAAAACCCACACAGCAAGCUUUCUAGAUCUUCCAGACUCUGCACCUCUUCCUGCAGUGUUUCCUGCCUUCUGCCAAAACGGUCUGUGUAAUUUAGUCCGCCCCAGGCCCUCCUGUGGGUACUCCUGCAACCCAGCCCACUCCGCUAUGAUUGGUCGCAGUCCCCCACUCCGCUUGCACAGCGAGUGCCUGGGCAUGCCCAUAUAAGGAAGCCCGGGCUGCGUUGACGUCGGUUGAACUCUGUGUUUAAAAAAACAAACAAAAAAACAUGAGACUACAACACAGUAACAACAUUUAUUGGUCAGAAAAGAGGAAAAGCAUAAUAGGGCCCCUUUAAGACCCAACAGCGUAAAAUGUAAAUUCUUGCAAUUUUUCAACUACUCUUAAGAUUUUGAUCACGAGUGUAGAUAAGCCUCAGAUCUCACCCAUGUGUGAUGGUGAUUCAAGCACCAAAGUUUUAUGUGACAUUGGAGGCAUGUUGUUGACCAAAUUCCAAGUUUAUUCUACUGUAUCCAUUCCCUGUUUCACGACUACACUGAGAUGUCUUGACUAAAACAGAAGGUCAGAGCAAAUGCAAGGCAGUGUCAUGAAUUACAAAUAACACACACAACUCUGAUUUUAGACCCGAAAAACGAAAUACUUCUUGUCUUUUGACUUGUGAAAACUGCAUUAGACAAAGGACAAGGACACUAAAUCAUUACAGCCAUAAAUCUCAUCUUGAGUCCAUUCUCCUGGGACAGGAACUCGAUAUUUGUGUCCUGAGAACAGCUGACUGAGGUUACAUUAUCAUAGGAAUUAGAAAAGAAUGGAUGGUGCUUUUCCCUCUCUGAACACUUCCAGAACCUCUAUUCAUGGGGUGCGCUGGUGCGUCUUUGUUUGCACUUACAUUUAAUUAAAGCACAGCCAAUCCAUUAUAAUGAGCUAGACCACAUUGUCUCUACUUCAUUCAUUUAAGCCCGACCUCCAUUUAGCGAGAUCUCCGUGCAGUCUGCUAUCACUGCUGCUUGCAAGCUUCUGUUCCCGCUGAACACGGCAGAAAAAAGCAGAAGUGUUUAAAUGUGUUGGCUACGUGACAAACGGCAUCCCAGUGGUACGUAACAGGUACAGGUGUUCUCACCACAAAAGAAGCAGAAAAUGCAGAAAUAGCGACGUGGGAGGAGGUCACAUGUACGCUCUAGCUAAAGAGCAACCUCAGCACCCGAUCAUGCAAAAGAGCAAAUGCAGCAAAAUAAAAACAAGAGCCUGAAGGUCAACACGUGAGUUCUGCGUGUUCCUUGAGGGAAGCGGUUUGUCAACGCAGCCUCGUCAAUAUCGUGUGUGGUAGAAGACUCGCCGCCAGACAUGGAUGAAUUAUCACUCCAGUGCUAACAUGGAUGGCAUCCUAAAACUUCCUUUCUCAGCUAGCUACUAGCGACUUACAAAAAAUAGUUGAUGGGAUUCAAACAAAACUCAUCAACAUCAAAACAUCAAAAUCUCCGGGUCCAAUAUAAUAACCGUAAAGACCCAAAUAUAGGACGACCUCUACUUUUUCAAGACCCUUUAAAAAAAAAAUACAUAUAUAUAUAUAUAUAUUUUUUUUUUUUUUUUUUUUUUUUCCUACGCGCCUCUUGUCAUGCUUUUAACUCCACUCAACACUGUAAACAACUAAACAGCUGUGUGAACAGGACGCCUCCAGUCCAUAAUGAGAAUGACUCCAGAAGCAUUGUAACGUGGCCAAAGGACACAUGACUUUGUAUGUUAGUAUCGGGUGGAAGCAGGGAAUGAAAGAAACCAGCCUUAAAGGAUGUACUGGGUUUAAGACAGUACUUGGAACCAGGACACAAGCUGUAGAGUACAUGUCAAUACAAGCCAGAUCUUUGUUUUUUUUUUUUACAUUUAGUCUUGGCGUUGCUUUGGCUUUGGUACAAACAGCUAACAGUUGUUUGUCAGGCGCUCUUGUUGUUGCCUGGCGAGGACGCCUUCCAUUUGGCCGUGCUGGCACCGCACAAAUUCAAGUGCACUUAAUCCAAGUGACAAACAAGUGAAAAAAAAAAGUUAUUUAUAUGCAUCACACAUUUACGAGAAGUGGAGUGGGCUGAGGAUGGGUGGGGGGCUUCAUACAAAAUGCAUGUUGUCUGAGCCUUGAAGUCGAAAUGUAAAAACGGCAUUAAGGCCACUAGAAAUGCACCACUUUGACUUUUUUAGGCGUCAUAGCUGCAUCUGGGCUAUCCAUGAAUAAUUAAAACGCAUUAUAAAGAGUACAAGCACCUUUUAGUGGGUUAUCUCUAAACUAGGUACCCCACUACUACACCAACCAGUCUCCACUGUGCCCGCAGUCUCCUCUUGGAUAAAUUGUGCAAGAUAUAAAAACAGCAGACCAGACCUAAUCGGACCC